AUGCGGGUUCCCGAGGAUGAUUGGAGGGGAAUCAUAGAUCAGAAAAAGAGGAGAAAGUUGCAGAAUCGGUUGAAUCAGAGGGCGUAUCGCUUAAGAAGAAAAGGAAUCAGUGCUCCGGGAGAAGAAAAUCCCACCAGCCUAUCUCAAGUAAUUCCAUUCAACGGGCACAAAGAAGAAGAAGAAGCAGACAUCAUGAAAUGCACCCGCACCCCACCAAACGCCCUAGCCUUCCAGCGCUGGUUCGAAGCCACAGUGCACCACAGCUACCUCCACGGCAAUCCACAAGUGGAACAUCUGAUCAGCCUUAGUCGGCUUAACGUGCACCGCGCUAUUAACGAAAAUAUAAAAAUACUCGGCAUGAAUUCUGAUUGGAUGAAGAGUGAUGAUUCUGUUUCGAUCUUUAAUCUUCUUCAGCCUGUGACUGGGAACGGGACUGGGGAAGAGAGUAUUCCGUCGAGUUUACGACCGACGACUAUUCAGCGGACUAUCCCGCAUCAUCCAUGGCUGGAUUUCUUUCCGUUUCCGCGGAUGCGUGAUACUUUGAUUCUUGCCUGCGCUGCUAAUAGUGAAUUUGAUGAUGAUGAACUGUGCCAUGAUCUUAUGGCAUUUUGGGAUACGAGGAAUACAAAUGCGACAUUGCUGGUGUGGGGACCACCGUGGGAUCCAGGGAAUUGGGAGGUGACGGAGACGUUUGUGAGGAAGUGGGGAUGGCUGCUCAAGGGAUCGGGGGAGCUGUUUGUUUCGACAGGGACUUGGAGGAGGAGGAGAGGGGAGAAAGCUUUGGAUUGGGGGAGUUAUGUACAGAGUGUAGAUACUGUAAAUUGA